AUGCUGUUCAUUCAGCGAUAUAAUAAAGCGAUUUGUUUAAUAUAUUUCACAUUUAUUUUUCUUUCAAUAAAUUAUUUAUAUCAUUUUAAAAAUUAUUCCAUAUUACAUCCUAUUCAACAAAUUAAACCAUUGGAUCGAUCUUUAUUAUUUCGUAUAAAUGGUAGCACGAAAUCUUUAGGUAAAGCAACUUCAAUCUAUAUUAUUAAUUUACCAUCUCGUCCUGAUCGACGUACUGAAUCUAUUGCACUGAUGCAAACACUGAAUUUAGAAGCAUUUAUUGUUCCAGCUUAUUCUGUUCAAUCAGUUGAGAUCGUUAGUCAAAAUCGAUAUCGUAAUAAACUACUUCUUAAAUUAACUGAAUUAGCUUGUUGGGCAAGUCAUAUGCGUGUAUGGAUGACUAUUGCCAACAAUACGCUUUUGCAUAAUAAUACAUGGUCAUUUAUUUUCGAAGAUGAUAUAGAUCUUGAAAUUGAUACACCUCGAAUACUGAAAUCAUUUUCACAUUCAAUAUGGAAUGAAGCUGAUUUAAUUUAUCUUGGUCAUUGUGGUGAUAUACCAGGAACACUUAUAGAUCAAUCAUGGAAACAUAUUCAUCGUGUUCAUCAAGCUCUUCGACCUAGUUGUACACAUGCAUAUGCAAUUCGAUCAGAUGCCGCUAGAAAACUUAUUUAUCUAUUAUCAAAACCAUCAAGAGCAAUUGAUGAUUCAAUAGUAAAACUUGUCGAUAACCAUCAACUGGUUGCUUAUAGUAUUCAUCCACCUUUAGCAAUGCAACUACCAAGUUCGAACACAAAUCCAUCAGAUGUCAAUCACAGAAAUGAACAAUCAUUUAUCUAUCGAAUACAGUUUCUAUUUAAGAAAUUUUCACACUGGUUGAAACGUGUACCAUCGUAUGAAAAACUAAAUAAAUCAACAUUACAAAAAGCUAACUUAACUAAAGCAAUAUCUUGGAGAAAAAUGUAUGAAAAAGGAGUUUGGAAAAAUUAUAAUUAA